GUGAGUCGGUCACCACUGACAUCGGUCCGCAACUUGGACAACCUCAGUUCCAUGCAAAAUCAUCGCCCAUACUGCGUAUCGAUGAAGACGUGUUUACUCUCAUCUUUGAGGAGUUACUGGCGCCGAAGGGCGAAAGGGGCAUUUCUCUGAAACGCCUUUCUUUGUGCUGCAAACAGCUUCGCAGCCUCUGCCUCAGUACCCUCUUCUCGCAGUGCAGAAUCACCAACAGGGGCGGAAACGGCGCUUCAGUACCACCCGUCGUCAUACGACCCCACGUACGGCAUCUGACGUACAGCCUAUACCGUGCACAUUCCUGCGACGCAUUGCUGUAUCUGCCUCAUGUGCGAUCGAUAACGUUUGCCUGCACCUCACACCGCGUCCAGUGGGGCGAUUUGGAGCGAUUUCUCAGCUUCCCUCAAGUCAAGUCCAUCUCGUUUACAGCCUCAGUUGCGUUCACGGACGUGCCACCCUUUCCGGAAACAACCAGCUCAGGCGCAUCUGCCCUCGAAGAGUUAUCCUACCCGACCCCUUUGACACCGAAUCCUUCCACGACGGCAUCGGUUACGACGUGGGCCGGGGGGUUUGCGCUAGAGCAAGACUGUCUGUCGGCCCUUGUCCUCGGCAUGCGUUUAACGGCACGGUCGCUGGUGCUGCCUAUGAGGACGGCACCACUCGGAGCCAUGGCGGAAGCCGACUGGCCGGCACUACAAGACCUGUACCUCGGCGGCUCAUUCCCUGAUACCACAAAUCGCUCAUACACAGCACACCUGCACUCCAUGCUCCCCCGCAUGCCGGACCUCCGACAUCUCGUCGUUAUGGCUGCCCUUCCACGCCGCACCGGAAGUCGAUGCUGUCUACUCCCCAGCAACUCCUCUGGCGCGCUUCAGAACCUCCGCAGCCUCGUCGUCGCAUACCCCCAUCCGCGCGACCCGAUCUUCGCGAUCCCAUUUCCCGACCUCACCCACCUCUCCCUCCGCGACUGGCCCCGGCACUACGACCGCAAGGCGCAGAUAGACCUGGCCAGCUCGUGGCUGUCCCCCAUCCUGUUCGCCGCUGAAGCGCUCUCCUUGCUGCAGCGCGUCCGUGCGCCCCGCCUCAAGACGCUCGAGCUCGUCUACUUCGCGGACGAGGCAGACACGGACCUCCUCACGCUCAUAGCCCAGCGCUUCCCGAAGCUGCGGCAUCUCAUGCUGCAUCGGUACCGUCGGUCCCCCGGCGAGGCCGUUGACCACAUCGCCAUCGCACGCACACUCUCGCGCAUCUCGACGCUCGUCACGCUGCAACUCCACCUGGACUUUGCGGGCGACCCCGGAAAAUACAGCACCGCGGCGGUCCGCCGCGGCAUGGAUGACCCUACGAGCGACGUGGCCCAGUGGCCCGGCCGGCUCGCGCAGUACGGGUGGGACAUCCUGGGCGCGAUGGCGGAGACGUGUCCGCUGCUCGAGGGCGUCGCGCUGCUGCGGCGCGACGAGGAGCCGCCGAGCCUGUGGUGGUGGAUGCUGCGCGGGCGGCGGGAGGCGUUCUGCGCGUGGAUCGACGCGAACUGUGAUAUACCUCCCUCGACGCUCCCCGAGGGCAUGAGAGUCAGCAUCAUGUCAUAUUAG